AUGAAGACAAUCCUACUUGGGGCGCUGCAGGGACAACCCAGGGAGCUGAUGACGGAUGUAUUUCUGUCGUCUCCACCAUCCGUUUCUGACAUGAACGCGGUUGCCAUCGCUUGGGGACAGCUGCUGCUUCUCGAUUUGUCCUACACCGUCGACAACAGCUCGGAACCCUUCGAUAUCGCUUGCGAUGACGGAGGGGGCUCCGUCGAUGUUUGGUGCCCUCUGGGGGAGGCAUCUGAUCCAAUCCCUUUUUUCAGAUCCGAAGCUACGGUGACUGAUUCUGUGCGAAACCCGAUCAAUUAUGCGUCCUCGUUUAUCGACCUGGACUUCGUCUAUGGAAGGAGCGAGGACGCUGCCGAUGCACUUCGUACCUUUGAAGACGGAAUGCUGAGUAUGGCAGAUGACAACAUGCCCAUCAAGAACGACGACGGGACUUGGUUGAUCGCGGAUCAACGUACGGCGAGAUUUCCACUGACGUUCGCUCUUCACGUCGUUCUCCUUCUCGAGCACAACCGCUGCUGCGUUGACGUCGCGCCCGGCGAGAACUACACGGGCGAUGAGGAUAUUUACCAGGCUUGUCGAGGCUGGACCAUUGCAACAUUCCAGCACAUAACUGAAGACGAGCUUAUGAUUCUACUCAUGGGAAGAAGCAUCGGCGAUUGGACCGUGUACCAAGAUGACGAUGACGGCGGCAGACGAAGACUAUCCCCAGAACAGCGGAGGGAGCUGUUGUUCACUUUCGACUACUACAACGACACCGUGGACCCGUCCGCCGACGUCUUCGUGACGGUGGCCAUGACCGCCGCGUUCGAGUCGGCGCUGCCUUCUACCCUCCGCAUUGUGAGCGAGGGGUAUGUUGCCACUGACUACGACCACCUUGAGCUCACCGUUGCGGCGGAAGAUAUCACGGGCCUGUUCGAGCACAGCGCGAUCGGGGACAUUCUGCGUGGGGCGGUUUUGUCGCCUGCGAUGGCGGUGGGGGCGCACUACGCUUCGGCGGUGUCGAACGCCUCGCCGCUGUUCAAACUCCCUGUGGACAUGGUGCAGCGGGGCCGUGAUCAUGGGGUGCCAUCGUACAACGACGUCCGGGGGGCGUAUGGUCUUCCGGAAGCCACGGACUUUUCAGAUGUAUCGUCGGAUGGAGACGUGGUGCAACUCCUAGAUGCUGCGUACGGUGGAGAAAUCGACAACCUCGACGCGUGCACAGGAGCCUUGGCGGAGGAUAAGGAGGCGAGCCUAGGUGGUAUAUUCGGCUACCUGCUGCAUACCGCAUGGGUGGACCAGUUAUACAGAUCUCUCUUCGGGGACCGGUACCACCACCUUCACUCGAGGCCGAUCGAGAACGUGUCACUCGUGUCUAUCUCGCAGCUACUCAACCGCACGCUCGGCUUGACCGCCUUGCCGGAGUCGGGGUUCACGGUGCCGGAAGUCACUGUUUGCACCGGGCAAUGCGAAGCCACGGGUACAUCGGGGGUCUCGUUGGCUGAGCGCUACGGCAUAUCGUGGGAGGUGGAAGAUGAAACACUACUGAUUUCUUUGAGUGUCCUGGGCAUCGGCGACAGCGGGAUGAUAGGAAUCGGCUUUGGAGGCUUGUCCAUGACGGACGCCCAGGAUUUCAUUAUCUGUGAGGUCUUCUCAACGGGCGGUGCCGAAUGCACUGACCGGUCUCCCACUGGAGGGCGAUCGGAGCCGCAGCCGGACACUUUUCAAUUGGGCCUCGAAGUUACCAAUGUAACGACGGGGGGAGGCUGGACUACAGUGAAGUUCUCGAGGGAACGGGCGACGCUGGAUGCAGAAGACUACGACCUCUUUGAGGAUAUCGAAAACGAAGCAGACACCCUCGUCAUCUACUCGUUCAAGAAGGGAGAGGGCGUGGGCCAACAUCCCAACACCAAUCGUGGAGCGGCCACGAUAAACUUCGUCACGGGAGACGUAGACACUCAGUGCGACGGCGAGACCAGCUUCGUUUCGUUGCACGGCGCGCUGAUGCUUAUCGCGUGGAUGAUCAUCGCACCGUGGGGUAUCUACUACGCGAGGUACCGCAAGGGCGACGCGAUUAAGUGGGCUGGACGUGAGUGGUACGAGAUGCACGAGGAAAUCAUGAUCGUUGCCUCCGAAGCCGUGCUCCCCCUCGGGAUCACCGCAGUGUUUGCUUCAAGGGGCAGGACCUCGGAAGCACACGCACGCUGGGGGUACUACAUGAUCGCCGCGGUAGCAAUGCAGAUCUUUACGGGCUGGAUGAGGACCAAGGGGUUAGAGGCCAAACACUCGAACUUUUCUCUCUUCCACAGGUUCAACAAGUUCUUCCACAUCUGGGCUGGACGGUUCGCAUACGCAGCCGGCGUGGUGCAGUGCUACCGAGGGCUGGAGCUCGUGUCCUCGGACGAUGAGCUCAUUUUCUCAGCAGGCGAUGGCCUUGACUUGCAGCUCGGCAGCUUCGGUUGGGUCAAGGACAUCUUGUUCCCAGCCUGGUUUGCGCUCAUCGCGGGCAGCUUUCUUAUCCUAGAGACACAAAAGCAGUACCACCGGUUCUUCAAGAAGGGAGCUGCUAACGUGUGUGGCGUUGUGUCCAUUGUCAACGAGCUGCACGACACAUCUAUUCGCAACAAUGGUGGCCGGCUAAUUCCGAGGACUUUAGACCUGCCAAUAUACAGCAUAUCGGCGUUCAAUGACAAGGUGCUGAGCGGCCAGACCUGGUUGAUGGUGGAUGAGGCAGUUCUGGAUGUGUCCGACUUCGCACAGAGGCACCCAGGGGGCAGGCGACUCAUCCUGAACGCCCUGGGAACGGACGUUACACAGGAGCUGUUAGGACAAGAGAACUCCGUGGGGCAUGCCAUGUCCUUCCCGCCCCACGUGCACACCGGGAGUGCAUGGCGAAUCAUUCGGUCGCUAGUAGUCGGCUACAUCGAGGAGAAGGACGUCGGGGAACCUGCGGCAGCCCUGGAAGAUCAACAGGAGCAGGAGGAGGCAGAAGAGAAAGUCGAACCCUCGACGGGAGAUCCUGCCUGUUCUGGCACCAACAACCGCAAGAUCCGUGUCGCGGGCAGGGCGGUAAUGCUGACCAACCGGUUGGCCCUGGGCGACGACAAUCUGGCAACCAAGGCGAUGCGGCUGAACGACUUGGCGGCUAUUCCGGCAUGCAUUCCCGCUCCAACCAGGCGCCCCACGAAUUUGGUGGCGACGAGUAGCUCGGCAAGCCGCUUCGGCAACCAGCCCAAAGAGAUCGACGCUCCUCAGCGCGUCGAUGACAAGGAAGGCGUUCUGGGAAGCAACACGGACUUGUUCGAGCGGUUUCAAGUAUGCCCCCUGCUCUUCCGAGAGAGGAUGGGAGCCGCCAGUGCCGUGGGCCGUGGUCACUUGCCCAGCAAGCGCCCGGUCUACCGAUACAUUUUCUCGUGUCCCGCCAACGGACAAGCCCAGGCACAGGCGGUUUCAGGAGUCUGCUAUUUCAACAUGCGCGCCCAGGAAGAGGGGAAGGGUGUAGUACAGCGGGCGUACAAUGCCUUUGCUGUCAGAUUGCUGGACGUCGAGCCUCCCACACCAGGCGGAAGGGUGGCCUGGACCAAGGGCUUUGCCAAGCUGCCGAAGAUUGUACCGGCGGGAGAGACUACGGAGGGCAUACUGUGCAUCGAGAUGCGCAUCAGGAUGUACCACGACGGGGCCAUGAGCAAACUGCUAGAAAAACUCUCACAGGAUACGGACAACGCCGCCGUCCAGCUGCAAGGACCAUUCCUCAUCAACAAGCUUGCCCCACCACCCGUCUAUCGCAACGUUAUCAUGAUUGCGGCAGGCACGGGCGUCAACCCGAGGACACCACGUUCUCCACGAGGUCGCGGCUGGUCCUCGUGUGGCAGAGCACGACCGAGGCCGACUUCUACGGUACCGAUGAAAUCACGGCCAUGCAAGUUCAACUUGGACAGCAGCUCCGGGAAACCUCCGCCUUACAGGACGCCGUCCAGAACUGGUCACGGGGAUGAGCAGCCCCCCCCGUACCGCACCCCGGGUCGUGACGGGAGCAGGCCUGCAGAUGGGAAGGAAAAAAGGACCACGACUGGCGUUGGCAAGCUAUUGCCCAAGAAGACCUGGCGCAACCUGCGGCGGAGUGACAGCUCAACGCCAGGUGCUCACCGUCGUCCACCUAUUCAAGACAGCAGCACCUAUCAAGUGGGAGAUGGCCUCGUCCGAGGCAAAGUGAACAGGGAGAUCCUCGAGACGGUCUUCGGCGAAGCGCUGACGACCCCGAUAGCGGCGGAUAACCGCCAGCGAGAGGUGAAAAGCCUUCUUCGAAGCGACAGCGACAUCUCGGACGAGAAGGAAGGACAAGACGAGGAUGAUGGGGAUCUUACAAGCACCGACCAGACCUCACGGAAACUUCAGGUGGUUGUAUCAGGGCCUAGCGAGUUUGUGGCCAACGUGUGGCAGCUCCUCGACCAAAUGGGGGUCCCCUCUGGCUGCAUGGUGUUGCUUGACUGAUACCGAGCAACGUUUCGGCUGUCGGCCGCCGACCCAAUACACAUGGAGAUGUUCUCCCAAGCUACUAAUUUCUACGCCGAUGAGCCCUUGACAGAGCGCACACCCUGCAUGCAAAAACGACGAGCCACUGUUGCUUGGAGCUAUGUUGGUGAGGUUGACGUCAAAGCUUGGUCAUGUCGCAAGUCGGCCAUACUUGAUGCAUGGUGUAAACCCCGCGGAUUAAUUCCGUUUGAGUCUACACCGGACCUACCAGAGACUCGUUUGGAGUGCUGUCGAUAAUUGAUGUUUUCAUUUGCCUGUUAUAUUCGCGCCUGCCGAUAGACAGGGCCUAGGGGGGCUAUGUCGGUAUUGAGGGCUUGGUAGAAAUGACGAGUGGGUUUUUUCUUGCCUCACCUAUGUUAUCGCGUUAUUCGAUACCGACAUCUUUU